AUGAUACAGCCAGAGCCGAGCUACUGGUUAAUGAUGAAAGUGAAGCUAGCUACUGCCAUGAGAACUGGUCGUGAUGGAAAAAAGACUCUGGAGCAUCUGGACGCUGAUCUACCUGAUGCCGUCGUGAAACACAUUUUGUGGAGAGCAUACCACGCCUUUAGACUAUUCCACAAAUCCUUUGCUCAUGUCAAUCAUGCUCAAUCGCCCGUGGCUCUCCGGCAACGUCUCGACGAAUUCUUUUCUGGAUACUUGAUGAAACUGACUCCUACUCUAAGUCACCCAGACUUGGUAUCAGCACUAGAAGGAGUCCACUUCCUGCCACUGGAUCGCACGUCGUAUCUGCAAACUGUAUCCUUUGUCCAGGAUCUAGAAGCUCGUUUUGGAAAUGUCACUGCUACAGUGGUUUUAUGGAGACAUCAUCUAGUGUCGAGUGGACUAAAAGAUUUGCUGGAUUUGAAGAGCUUUUAUGAUUACAUUACAGAUCCUGAAACGGGAAAGAUUGCUGAUGGAAUUGUGAGCAUGGUGAAACCCAAAGGAGAGUCGGUGAUUGCAUCGCGACCUACAACACUCAGGCCAACAGCUGCAGCUUUGGCUCUCCAGAACGCCCAUUCAUCAUCGGAUAUAUCAUCAAUGUUGUUUUCAGCAUUGACAUCACGAUCAUCUCGCUUUACUGGAUUUAUUGUGCCGUCCUUUAAUCCCUCAGAGAUUUCCGUCCCUGUGCAUCCGAAAAAGCUGUUUAUUGGACGAGAUGCAGAGGAAAUGUUUGUCGUCCUCUACCAGAAUCAAGACGAAUUGACAAUAGCUCUCUUUAUAUCUACGGCCGAAUCCCACUCACAGACUGUACCUCCAUCGGUACAAGCUAGAGAUCGAACCUUUUAUACUGCUCUGUCUGCAUUCCUAGAGUCCCGGUGUCCUCACUUAUCAUCAGUCAUAUCAGAUGGAUUUUCAAGAACUCGGAAAAUCAGUGAAUAUACCGACCAACACUAUCGAUACCUCUAUUACAAUGCCGCCAACCUGGCCUUCAAGACAUCCAUUGGAACUUCAAAAUCCGCGAUGGUCACUCCCGAAAUUGCGCAGUGUCUCAACGAAAUACAUGAAGACUUUGAAAGUACGGCUCUAAAUUUGACUGAAACAAGUGUUCGAUCUGUUGCAGAGUUUUGGAUCUUAGCACGGAAAUCUGAAGGACGUGAGUUCUAUCUGGUCCUACCAAAGGCAGAAAUGACUCUACUCGACGUGGACGAGGAAAUGCAGAAAUUGACACACUCGUACUUUUCGAAUAUCUUUUUGGAUUAA